AUGGCACCACCCACCGCAACCAACGCGCGCGCGCCCUCGGCGAACCACACGCCUACGGGCAACGCUGCAUCCGGCCUCCCGGCCCGGAAACCUCUGCCGAAAUUCAAGAAGAAGACGGCUGAGCAGAAGGAGAAGGAGAUGAGGGAGAAGGAGGAGGAGAAGGAGAAGGAGAAGAAGCAGAGGGAGAGGGAGGAGAGGGAGAGGGGAAGGGAGAGUAGGAAGGAGAUGGAAUUGGAGUACGGUGGCUUGGAGCCUGGCGAGGUUCUCGCCACGCCCGCAACAUUGCCCUCGCGUCCGAUGCAUGGGCCGCCUUCGCGCCUGUCACAGGCGCCAUCUUCGCGCCCGACGCGCCCUAUUCCCCGCCGCGCGAAUCAGCCAACACUACCGCUCCCGCCCCACGCGUCGCUACCGAACAAACCCCAGCCGGCGCCAACGCGCAAGUCCCAGCCCGCCAAAGCGCGCAACCCCAAAACGGGCACCUCUAAGCCCGCGAGGAAGCCCGCGCCGAAGGACUUGGAGGCGCUGAAGAGAUCCCUACCGUCGAUUGCGCGCACGCCGGAGCUCGCGAACUCAAGAACGUCAACCACAGCGUCUACCGCUGCAGUGACCCCCAAGUUGCCGGUCAAGCGCCAGGUGCCCGCCGGCUAUAUGGCUGCUGCGCGAUGGCAGGCUGGCGCUUUGUUCGCUUACAAUACCGCGGAGUUGCCGCCGGAUCCCGACACCGCCCCGCCUUCCGGUUCCGUGUAUACGGACGCCCUUCUGGGCCCUUACGAGCUCAUGCGCCAGCCUCAGUUCUUCAACGCCCGCGCUUCGUACAUGGCGUUCAUACGCCAACCAACCGCCGAAAGCGCGGACGCUAUAGACUUUCGUCGCUGGGACGCAUCAAUGGACGGGGAGGACUACAUCGAGUAUUGGGCGGCUGAACGCGUCAAGCAGUUGCGGGACGAUUUUGGGGCCACCGUUCGGCUUCUUCAGGAGAUAUUCUCCUCGGACGUGCUGCUCAAGGACGACUUCGCGUGGGCCACGCUUGGUAGCACGAUGCUACCCGAAGUUGUCGUCGGGGACGUGUGGAAGGCCGCCGUCUUCUUGAAGUACGACGUGGAGUCCAAAUCUCAGUUCCUGCAGCAUCCGCAGGACAAGGAUCUUGCCUGGCGCCAACUUCAGCGCAGCGCACUCAUCAUCGAGGCCUUCUUGUACGAAUGUACCGUACUUCUGCGCCACGUAGAUCACCCCACCAUCGGACGUCUGCGCAAGGCCAGCGAGGAGUACCUCGAACAAUACGGCGAUGGUCCCAAGCGCGGCGCGAUCCUCACCGGUGAUGAUAUCCCCGGCUUUCACUCGUUCCUUGUCGGCGCCGGGGUGCCCACGUUCGUCUUGAUCCCGUUCGAGGAGCUCGAAGCCGCCGACAGCUUGGAGUACUCGCCGACAAGUGACUGGCGCUGUGCCAUUGACUUGGACCCGAAGCUAAGUCAGUAUUGA